CGGGUAUCUUUAACAAGUUUAAAACACUUGAAAUGUUUGCUUGGUCUGAUCCUAAACAACACUGGACAUUCAUCCACUCUCUAACAUAUGAACACCAAUGGCUUCUCUCUAUAUUCCCCCAACUCAAUAUAUCCAUAAUCAUCAUCCUUUAAACUCCAAAUUGUCUAUCAAAGUUUCACUAAACCAUCUACUUAAAGUCCAAAAAUACAAGCCUCACAAUAAGCACGUCUCUCCUCAGUGCAAAGCUGGUCAAAUUCAAGAAGCUUUAGAGUGUCUCUCCAAUGUGGGCCCCAAUAAUUUUGCAAAUAAACCCAAAAUCUAUGGAGACAUUCUUCAAGAAUGUGUGUACGGACGAGACUUCCUGUUGGGUCAGCAAAUACAUGCCAGUAUUAUAAAAAAGGGUGAGUCUUUAGCUAAAAAUGAUUAUGUAGAGACCAAGUUGGUGAUUUUUUAUGCUAAGUGUGAUGCUUUAGAGGCUGCUAAUGUGUUAUUUAAAGGUGUUAUAGAACGUAAUGUGUUUUCUUGGGCUGCAAUUAUUGGUCUUUAUUGUAGAUUGGGCUAUUGUAAUGAAGCUUUGUUGGGUUUCUGUGCAAUGUUAGAAGAUGGUGUUUUGGGUGAUAAUUUUGUUUUGCCUAAUGUUCUUAAGGCUUGUGGUGCUGUAAUGCUGAUUGGAUUUGGGAAAGGGGUUCAUGGGUAUGUGGUGAAAUUGGGUUUCCAAGAUUGUGUUUUUGCGGCUAGUAGUCUUGUUGAUAUGUAUGGGAAAUGUGGCUAUAUUGGUGAAGCAAGGAAGGUGUUUGAUGGUAUGUUUGAGAGGAAUGUAGUUGCGUGGAAUUCAAUGAUUUCGAGCUGUGUUCAAAAUGGCUUGAAUGAGGAAGCAAUUGGGAUUUUUUAUGAUAUGAGAAUGGAGGGAUUGGAACCAACUCGUGUUACGAUGGUGGGGUUUCUUUCUGCUUCAGCGAGCAUUUGUGCUGUUGAGGAGGGUAAACAAGCUCAUGCUAUGGCAUUGUUAAGUGGGAUGGAUUUAGAUGAUAUUUUGGGUACUUCGAUAAUUAAUUUUUAUUCCAAGGUUGGUUUGAUCGAAGAUGCUGAGCUAGUUUUUAGGAGGAUGCUCAAGAAAGAUGUUGUUACUUGGAAUCUGCUGAUAUCUUGUUAUGUGCAGCACAGCCAAGCUGAGAGAGGGAUCCAAUUGUGCCGACAAAUGAGGUUAGAAAACUUUAAUUAUGAUUCUGUUACACUGGUCUCUAUAUUAUCGGCCUUAGCUGAAUUGAAAAGUCUAAAACUUGGCAGAGAAGCACAUUGUUAUUGUAUUAAAAAUGACCUUGUAUGUGAUGUGGCUGUUAUGAGUAGCACUGUAGAUAUGUAUGCUAAUUGUGAGAGAAUCAAUGUUGCGAGGAAAGUUUUUGACUACACCGAGAAAAGAGACCUUGCAUUGUGGAAUACAAUUUUGGCUGCUUAUGCAGAAAUUGGAAUGAGUGGCGAGACCUUGAGUUUGUUUUAUCAGAUGCAGUUGGAGGGGCUUCCACCAAAUGUGAUAUCAUGGAAUUUAGUAAUACUAAGUUUAUUGAGAAAUGAACGUGUCAAUGAGGCAAUGGAUAUCUUUAGAGAAAUGCAAUCCGUUGGAAUUGUGCCUAACCUAAUAACUUAUACUACAAUUAUCACUGCUCUGGUUAGGAAUGGAUCAAGCAAUGAGGCAAUCACGCUAUUUUGUAAAAUGAUGGAAGAAGGAAUACAGCCAGACAUUUUAAGCAUUAGCUGUAUACUAUCAGCUUGUAAGCUUACUGCAUCAUUACGGUGUGGAAAGGCUGUUCACAGUUAUAUUUUUAGACAUAAUGUUUUCUUAACAGUUCAGCUUGCAACAUCUCUUGUCGAUAUGUAUGCUGAAUGCGGGAAUUUACACCAAGCAAAAAUGGUGUUUGAUAUGGUUGUACCCAAGCAACUGCCCUUGUAUAAUGCAAUGAUAUCUGGUUAUGCAUUGCAUGGAUUUGCUAAAGAAGCACUUGUACUUUUUAAACAUAUGCUGGAGGAGGGUAUUGAACCAGACAGCAUAACAUUUACCCGUGUCUUAUCAGCAUGCAGCCAUGCUGGGCUAAUGAAGGAAGGUCUGGAGAUUUUUGCAGAUAUGGUCUCAGAGUACCAUGUAAAGCCAAGUAAGGAGCAUUAUGGUUGUGUUGUUGAUCUUCUUUCUAGGUGUGGAAAUUUGCAUGAUGCAUCUCAGUUUAUGUAAAGAAUGCCAUUUGAGCCUGAUGCACCUAUAUAGGCCUCCCUGCUUGCUGCUUGUAGAGACUAUAUUGAAAUUGAACUUGGGUAAAAAAUAGCAGAGUAAUUAACAAACCUGGAACCAAGUCACUCAAGAAGCUCUUUCAAAUGCCGCUACUGGAAUGUGUGAUAAGAUGUCAGAAUGAGGGCUUUUAUAAAAGAGAAGGGCCUGAUAAAGGCUCCUGGGUGCAGUUGGACUCAGAUCCGAGAAGAUCUUUAUGUGUUUUUUCCUGGUGACAGAUUCACUCAAAAACAGAAGAAAUUAAUGCAUCAUGGCCUCGUUGGCUUUAAAUCGAUUGAAAAUGCACAUGCUGGAUUAUGAAUCAUUUGAUUAUCUUGAUAGUGAAGCUAAAAUUUCUAUUCUUGACCACGGUAAUUAAGCACCAUAAUUUAAUCAGUGUGAUUCAUACAAGCUGGAGAUGGAUUAUCAUUAUCGACCAAUGCUGUGUUCAUGGUGGCAGCUGCGUUGAAAUUUAGGUAAUUUCGUUUACAAAAAAAUUGUACAUGCAUCUGGGCUUAACAGAUCCUGUUGAUAUUUGAGAUUUGUUAGAACAGUAUAUUUCUUGGCAUUUCUAGAAGCUUGCAAAUCUGCUAAUUACUUAUGAUAAUAUUGUAGAUAAUGUUCCUCAAUAAAAGAGUCUCUCAUUGACCACAGAGAAUGAUGAUUACAUACUUUUUUCAUCUUGUUAUGCUAUGCAUAAAUAUUGGAAAGAUAACUUAAUCGCAUUGUGUGUCCUGCAGUGUGUUAUUGUUAUAUUGAUCGUAUUAUUGUUAUGCAUACAAGUUAUGCUAAAGUCUCUCCUUGAUAGGGGUGGCAAAAACUGACACGACCCGAAACCCGACACGAACCCGACUCGAAAAAAUACGAAUUAGGGUCGGGGUUUUUAUAAUUCGGGUCGGGUUCGGGUCAGGUAAAUUUGUACCCGAAAUUUUCGGGUCAUUUUCGGGUAGACCCGAAUUACCCGAACCCGACCUGUUUUAAUUUUAUCAUUUUAUAUAAAUAUAUAAUAUAUAUAAUAUAUAUAAUAUAAGCGGUAUACAGACUACAGAUAUACAUUUUGGGCCCAAUCUUCAGCCCACUUUACCAAACCUGACUUUUGAUUCUACAGCAAUCUAACCCUAAAACUAUCGUAUCGCCUCCUUCUCCUCUCUCCAGUUUGUUUGUCAAAUACAGUAACCCCCUCCCCUGUUUCUUUCUUUUGCUUCACCAUUUAUUCACCCUUUUUCUUUUGCUUUUCUUUAACUGAGUCUCGUAGUGAGUCAGCUGAGUGCGUUGUUUAAAUUGUUGAUCGAUCUCGUUGUUUUGAAUGCCGAGUCAGUUGUGUGUUUUGCUUUUCGUCGAGUCUGAAUUAGUUUUGUUGCCGAGUAUAACAUCUGUUCUUCAUUACUGUUUGUCUAUUGUGUAACAAAAUUCUUGCAAGAAUGUAAUUUAAUUUCCAAGCUCUGCUGUCAAUAUAAAAUUUUUGAUUUUUAGGUGCUAUUGGGUCGGGUUCGUGUCUGUUCGUGUCGGGUUGUUUCGGGUCAGACACGACCCAUUUUUUACUCGUGUCAAACAGGUCGGGUUCGGGUAAAAUCAACCUACAACAGGUCGGGUUCGUGUCUAUUUUUUUUACCCGAUUCGGGUCGGGUCGUGUUCGGGUCGAGUUAAAAAAAAAACCAGGUAGGUUCAACCCGACACGAACCCGACCCAUUACCCGAAAUUGCCACCCCUACCUUGACCACAAAGAAUGAUGCCUUGCAAGUCCCUUCAAGACAUAAUUUAAUCAUAUUGUGUGUUAUGCAGUGUAUUAUGGUUACCACAAUAAGAAUGUGCAUGAAAUUCAUUUCUUCUUGAUAUAUAAAUAUAUUGUAUUGUGCUGAAUAACAUAUUGAAUCUGUUAUAGCAAGUGAAAGCAGCUCAUCAAACAUAAAAUCAGUGGAAAAUCUAGGAUGUACAUAAAGGGAUGAACAUUUGAAUGACCCGAGUUCUGGAGACCACCCCAUGUGCAAAUCUUAGUGGUUUAAUUUCAACAGGUGGGUCAAGAGGAAUUAUAUGAUAGGUCUCACAUGCCUAGAAGCUUAUUAUUUCUCUCGACUUUUGACACAUUUUCCAGAAAAAGGAGUUUGAUGUUUCCUUUGGAAAGUGCUGCGUAUUGUAUUCACAUGUAAAUAUCAUGCAUGUGGAAAAAGUCACUCGUCUUGCUGGAGCACUGGACCACUACUGUUUUUAGCUGGAUGUGCAAGCAAAGAACAAAGUGAUCUUCAAGUUUCAAACCCAGGUGGGGAACGAGUUUGUACUUCGUAUGCAUCAUUAUUAGAUUUGAGUAUGGUUCUUGCUUUGCAGUUUGCAAGUUGAAAGCAUGGUGUAGUCAUGGUUCUAAAAAUCCCCGAUUAAUCA